UGCAGGGCAAGAGAGAUUCCGGUCAAUGACGAAGGCUUAUUUUCGAAGAGCAGAUGGUGUUAUGCUUCUGUAUGAUGUUACAAAUGAAAAGUCAUUUCUAAACGUGCGACAAUGGAUACAAGGAAUUGAAGAGGUGACGGAGCGAGCAGUACCCAUCACAUUGUGUGGUAACAAACUAGAUCUCAGAAAUGAAAGCAGAGCACAAGGCAUAUCUUGUGUAGACACUUCGCAAGGGCGGAAACUUGCCGAAGAAAACAAAGCAAUUUUUAUGGAGACUAGUUCAAAAACAGGUGACAAUAUACUGGAAGCCGUAUUAGCAUUGUCCUAUGAAAUGUUAAUGCAAGAAGAUUCAGAAGUAAAGACGUCAGCUAUGGAAAUAAAAAGUGAACCAACUAAAACUUGUUGUGCAAGCAAAAAAUAAAUUAUUUUUCACACAGUGGUAUCCUUCUCAUAUUAACGAAAAUUAUAAGAAUUCUUUUUUAGGUUACAUAUAUUAUUAUCUUGCCUAUAAACC